UACACCUGUGGGUCACUAACAUUCACGCUGUGUGCGGUGUUCCUGCCCAGGAGGCGUCGUCCUGCGCACACCUGUGCAGCGCGAACGCUUAAGAUUGUCCAACCGCGCCACCCGUACUCCACACCCGGAAGUACGGGUGUUUGCGGAACAACAGGAAGUGAAAGGCUCAUUCUGUAACGUUACAGUGCAGCUACGGGACUUGUUUUUAUUGGGUUUUUUUGUUUACUACCAACCCCCACCGUGCACUAAACAUACAUGACGUUAAUGUUAACGGUGGUUGUUGUUACAUGUUUCAUGUACUUGCUUAUCGUGAAGGCCUCUGAAUCACACUAGUGCAGCAAGCUAGCUGAGCUACUGUGGACACGACGCUGCAGGUUGUUUAACGUGUGUUUUGUGUGGUGGAGGUCAACACACGGUACAUGUGGACCGACCAGCAUGUGUGACCGACUCUCUCACCGCUAACGAGCCUGGACACCGAGCCACGGAGACGUAGCUCUGCGGGAAACAGCAGCAGUCGGACGUCGCCUCCUCUUCAGUUUCACUGUUCUCACACACUGUUUGGCACAAUGGCCGAGGCGAUAGUCACGUUUCAGUCCCAACUCUCUGGUGUCAUGGAAACAGUCUUCAAAGCCGCCAUGUAUGAGAUCACCAGGCUGGUGGAGGACAGCUUCCUGGAGGAGGUGACGCGGUGCAGGGAGCAGGUGGAGACCCUGAAGAGGAGACUGAAGUGGUCGGAGAGUCGCCGCAAAGACAGAGAUGGAGACAGGAGGGCCAGGUGUCUGGACUGCGGGAGAGUCGGGCUGUCCGGAGAGGACAACCCCAGCGGGACAGAAAAAAUUCUAAAACAGGAGAGUUUGUUGCAAGAAGAGAUAAAUAGCUCCCAAAGCACUGAAGGAGAGACACCUAGACAUGAAGCGGAAGAAACCAGACCAGAGGCCCACACUGCCAUGACAGCACCACAGUCUCCAGGUGUACAGGGUGAAAAGCUGAAUAAGCUACUCAAGGAGGAAGCCCUUCGGAUCACACCAGAAACUAAUGAGUCCCAAGAGAGAUGGGGAGUCAAUUUGGAUGAGGAAUCAGGUCUGCCGGGUCCCAGUAAACAUUUCAGUGACCAGAAGAUCCCAAAAAAUCAUUUGAACUGGGAAGCUGGCUAUGACCAGAUGCCAGAAUCAGGCCAAGAUGGACACUCGGGUGACCCAGCUGAGCCACUUUUCCAGAGCAGGUAUGGUAUGGAAGAAUUAAGUGGCUUUGGCAAGACUGGAUAUGGAGACUCCAAUAUGAUAGACAUGGGUAACUUGGAAGGGUUACAAGGAUCACCAUCCCAACUGGAUGAGGAUCUGAGCUACAUGGGGCACUAUGAGGGUGAUCUGGAAGCACCAGAAGGAGCCGAGCAUCAAGUUUACCAAACAGGCGCUGCAAGGAAUAGAGGGGGUGCAGUGGGUUCAACUGCAGGCUCUCCCACAAGGACUAACAUUGAUGUGAGUGGAGAGCUAAGCUGUUUAUUGAUCAAUGAAGAAGGAUAUCUACAGGACCCGAGUAUCUUGUACCCUGAACAUGUGUCUAGUGAGCCAGGCGGCAGGUUGAACUUCAGGGGCCAGGGCAUUCGCAAUGACCCAUCUUUGGACAGCACAGAGGUUAUGUAUAGAGCGUCAGACGCAUACAAUGAUACCUUAAGCUUGGGAGAGAGGCUGCAGCAUCAGGCAGGAGGGAGAGGAGGGAGGAGACACACCUGUAACCAGUGUUCCCUGUCUUUCCCUGAUUCAGCCUCACUAAAGGCUCACAGGCAGACACAUAAAGGCACCGGACAAGUGCCACCGUACUCCUGCACCCAGUGCGGAAAGACCUUCACUCAAGCUUGUAACCUCAAAGUCCACCAGAGGAUCCAUUCGGGGCAGGGACUCCACCUCUGCAGCCAAUGUGGUAAAGGUUUCCCUUCCUUCUCUGACCUAAAGACACACAAGUGUGGCCAAACGGGUGACAAACCUUACUGCUGCACUGUAUGCGGGAACAAGUUCAGCCGUCUCUGGAAUCUGAAGUUGCACCGGAGAAUUCACACACAGGAAAAACCCCAUCGGUGCACCAUGUGCGAUAAGAGUUUCACACGGGCAGACAUAUUGAAGGUUCACCAGCGUACCCACACGGGAGAAAGACCAUACUGCUGCACUGUCUGUGGCCUCAGCUUCAAACGCCUGGAUCAUCUGAAAUCUCAUCAACGCAAACACAUGGAGUCUAUUUCUCACACUCAGUCCGUCAUGUCGGACCUGGACACCCUGAUUGUAACUUUCCAAACGCAGCUGUCAGAUGUGAUGGAGACCGUGGUGAAGACGGCCAUGUACGAGGUCACCAGGCUGGUGGAGGACGGCCUCCUGGAGGAGCUGCAGCGCAGGGACCAGGAGGUGGAGUCCCUGAGGAAGCAGCUGCGAUGGGCUGAGACCAAACUCAGUGAGCAGGAGGGGAGCACAACUGGGAGGACAACUGGGAGCACAACUGGGAGCACAACUGGGAGCACAACUGGGAGGUGUAACAACUGUUCAAAUAAUGAUGUGCAACUGUCCAGUGAGGCUGAAGAAGAAAGGCCCACAGAACAGAGCGAUGACAGUUUUGGGUGCUUCGGUUUGAAAGAAGAAGAUGCCUCUUUGGAAAUGUGGUCAAAAAGCUGCACACAGGAAGUCACAGCAGAGUCAACACAGGCAGAAGACAAUCCUACAUCCACUCUCAGUCCUGAGAGGAAGUCACUGGUGACAGAAGAGGAUGAUGUGUUGCCAGCGGUGGAUGUGAAGGAUGAAAAUGCGAAUAAGCCAUCUUGUUCUUCUGUGCAUUGGAGUGGACCUCUUGAUGGUGAAGUGGAACCUGAAUCCCACAGAGCUGCUGAGAAGACAGAGGCACAACCAAAACAGACUCAAGAGAACAGUGAGAUACUAUUGAGGGAUGUUAUUAAGCAAGACCCACAAAUCUCUUCUGAAUACAUCUUUCCUGAAAACCAGGAGGAAACGCACAUGGCAACAGAUCCAUCUUUAGGUGUGGACAGUGGUUGGGCUGGCAUGACUGUUUCAGCAGCUGGUUUACUGCCGAAUCACAGACUUGCAACAGAACAGGACUGUGAUCCAGUCAAUACUAGAGGUCCUCUAAAACAAACAGAACAUAAGCUGUCCAACUGUGUCACAGCACAUGUUGAUGUUCUGGUUACCCCAAAUAGAGAUCAGAUUUCAACCUCAGCGUCCCCUGAGUCAAGACUGCAAAACAGUGAUGCGUUAGGUGUGACUAUCAAGCAGGAGGUAAUUGUCGAUUCCGAUGGGUGUGUGCAAAGCGAGCUUAACAAAAAGAAAAUUACAAAGUCUUUCUCAUGCUCAGUAAAACAGCACAGAGGGAGUUUAGAAGCACUUAAGCAGAGCCGCAUUUCCCACAAAACCACUGUGCAGGAGGUUAUGAAGCUACAUUCCAAAGUGGGUACAGGUCUCAGAUUGCAAGCUGCUCUACAGCACCUCCACAGACCGAUGAAGAAGGCCCCUCACACACACUCCAACAGUUCUAACGCAGCACUGUCUAUAGCUCCCUCUCAUGUCGCAAACUUAAAUCCCCUCAACAGAACUCCCUCCACAUCUAAAGCGUCUCCUCCUCCCCCACUCUCCGUCCAGCGAGUUCACCUGGGCGACAAACAGGCCGCAGCACAUAAUCGAACUGGUGUUCCAUGGGUCAGCAUCAAAACACACCACGCUGCAAACUCCCUUUGCAUCAACCCUUUACCCCAUCCGGACUCUCACCCUCACGCUGGCCCCAGGCACCUCCUGCGCUGCGGCCAGUGUGGGAAGUGCUUUCCCCAUCCCAGCAACCUGAAGGCCCACUUGCAGACUCACACAGGUGAGCGGCCUUUCUGCUGCUCCCUCUGUGGUCGCAGCUUCACCAAGCUGAGCAACCUCAAGGCCCACCGACGGGUCCACACAGGAGAGAGACCGUACUGCUGCUUGGCCUGUGGCAAACGCUUCACCCAGAAAUGUAACCUGAAGCGCCACCAGAGGAUCCACCUGGAUUUAUGAUGAUGGGCAGGCCAGUGAUAAAAGGACAAGUAUGGUGUGUUUCUUUUAGAUUAGAUGCUACAGUGUUUCUGUUGCAAUGUUUAAGAUCGCAAAAUUGCUUCUUGUGUACUUGUCUCUGUGUCUGAACCAAGUCAUCCUGCGCAUUCCAGAGAGGUUCAUCUACUAACUUGUUGUAAUGUUAUUAAAGGACGAAUCGCAGUGUGUUGUGAGUCAUGCAGGGAUAGGUCAAUUUUUAAUUGGUCAAUAAAUAUUUAUUCUGUGAAUUCAAGUUUAAAAAAUUCUUCCACUUAAUUGCGCUAUGAUUUUGAGCACAAGAACACUUACUGUAUAACUGACCAUGGAUCAGGGCCCAUAUUUAUUAACCGCCGCCUUCACUCAAGCUCACAAACUUAAAUUAAAGUUAUUUAUUGAAUAACUUCUGUCUUGAAAAUACUUUUAUGAAAUGUAAUAGAGCUGUAGAGGUCUCUAAACUUGGUUUGGAGUAGAUCCUAGAUGGCAGCAAUACAGAAACAGGUGAGCACACCUGUUCAAAGACAUAUUCACAUUGGCCCUGACGUGAUGGAUAAUGCAUUAGUGGAACCGCAAAAGUUCAGAAAUGUCUAGCUUUAGCCUAGAGUUGCAUUUAACAGGGUGUUACACCACUUUUGUUUGUUUUUAUUUGUUUUUAUUUUUGUCUCCAUUAUUUAUCCCUAUCCAUAAGAUUGUUGCUAAUUUCACAUGUUAAGUGCUUUUGCAGAUAUUAUGGAUGAAAUAAAAGAUUACAGAUUUUUUUUUAAAGCAUAAAAAAUUGGGGAAAUGUUUGUUUUUCCUUGUCACUGAAAGGCUAUUCUGAUUCAUAUAUAUUUGAAUGCUUUUACAAUCCAAACAGAUAUGGAAAAAAAAACAUGAUUGGGUCAAGAGUUAAAAAUGUUUUGCCUCCAAUUGAAAGAUAUUUCCUUAAAAAUGUGCUUCUGUUAGAAUUACUGUAAACUGACAGCACUGAGAUGAAGCUAAGGCUGAUUUUAUAUUCUGACUGAUUUCAAAUAAUUGUUUCCAGAAUACAGCUCUGUUCAGUUUUUUUCUUUAAAGCUCCUCUAAAAAGACCUAACUCACUAUAUUAUUUUACAACAAUAUUGUAGUUCCUUAAUUGACCACUUGGUGUCAGCCUUUCACCUAACUUGGUGCAAAUAUCAGAACAAUACCAUGUAUUGUCAGAUUAAAUUAGCGCUUUUGUCUUGCUGCUAAUGUAUUAUUUGGAAUAGACAAUAGAAAGAAAAUCAUUCCAUUAGAGCAACAUUUCACGGUUUCACUGUUUUAAUCUAUCUGUGUCCAAGCUUGUGUGUGUGCAUUACAUAUCUCAUGUUCAGGAUUAAGCUUGAUGUGUUGUAUCUGUAGUUGCACUGUGCAGGUGGUACAACAGAUAACAUGUUUAAGGUGAGGAAAAAGCUUGCAGAGGCUAAAC